CAAGUAAACUGGCUCUAAAGUGUUUUAAGGGGAAUGGACAGUUAUCUAGAUUUUAGUUUCAGACUUUCAUCACUUUCCAUUAUGCUUUUGAUUAAACAACGAAAAUUGUCAUGUCUACAGCAAGUAAGCAUAAUCAGAAGUAACUAAAACGACACGUGUAUUGUCAUGUCUCAAAUAGGUGCUUGCAACAUAUUUAUAAGUUAUAAGAUCUUAAUCAUUUGAGGGCUGCAUGAAAGAUCUUUAGAGAUAUCACCAGUGACACUUGUGCUAGUGAAGCAGUUAAGAAAGAACAAAGAAAGUGACAGUAAAAAUUGAUUUUAUAAUAUAAGGGGGUAUGAUGAAAAAACAAGUUUUUAUGUUGGUAGCCACAGAGAAGGGCUUUUGAUGCCCGAGUAUGUGAGAUCGUGAGGCAUUCGAUGACAGACACAUUGUUUAUCAUAGAAUCUCCCAAGGCAUUUCAUGUUUUACAAGUGAACCCUCAUAAUCCUGUAGAGUCAACGAGGCUGUCUGAUCCUAAAACUGAGUUUGACUGUAGAUUAUCAUUGGCCUCUAGAUUAGCAAGUAGCAACAAUGUAUUCUGCAUCAGUUCAUGGCCUUGUUGAUUAAAAUGAACAUUGGGAUUCCUCUGUUACUGGUAGGGCUGGAAGUCUUUAUGGGCUCUCUAUAUAUUAUUUUAGUUGCUGUACAAGAACAUCUACAUUCAUUAUACUGUUAUUGAGUGAAGAAAUACUUAGUAUUCUAAAAUUUGCUCACUGAAUAAUUUUUCUGGUUUUAAGGUCAACAGAGUUCUCAGUUUUUUGUUCAUACUCUCAGCUUAGAAUGAUGUAUGCCUUCUUUCCCUACUCCACAAAGUUACUGACCCACAUCCUUUAUCUUUUAUCAGAUCUGUCCCACGUUUUCUCUUCAGUUAGGAGAGACCUGAAUUUCAUUGAGCACACUGGUGACCUUGGAUGGAAAGAGAGCGAUAGAUUCCAGCCUAUUGUAGUUGACCCGGGGUUAUAUUUAGCAAGAAAGAGUCAAAUUUUUCAAGCUACAGAAAAGAGGGCAACUCCAAACGCAUUCAAAAUUUUCACAGGUUCGCCAUGGGUAAUCUUGAGCAGGCCCUUUCUGGAGUUCUGCAUUUUUGGUUGGGACAAUUUACCUCGAACCCUACUGAUGUACUUUACAAAUGUGAAGUUAUCUCAAGAAGGCUACUUUCACUCAGUCAUUUGCAAUGCGCCAGAGUUCAAGAACACAACAGUAAAUGGGAACUUACGAUAUAUAGUCUGGGACGAUCCUCCAAAGAUGGAACCACUCUUCCUUAAUGCUUCCGCUUACAAUCAGAUGGUAGAAAGUGGAGCUGCUUUUGCAAGACAGUUUCAAUUUAAUAAUCCUGUGUUGGACAUGAUUGAUGAGAAGAUUCUCCAUCGUGGUAGCCAUCGAGCUACUCCAGGAGUGUGGUGCACUGGGCGGAGGAGCUGGUGGGCGGAUCCGUGCUCCCAAUGGGGUGAUGUCAAUAUUGUAAAACCAGGUCCUCAGGCUAAGAAGCUUCAAGGGUCCGUUUCUAACCUUCUUGAUGGCUGGAACUCACAGACCAAUCAAUGUCGAUGAAUAGACAAGAGAAUAGAAGCAUUUAGGAAGCUGUGCUGUCUAAGCACCACCAUUCACAGUAGAAAUUGCCAUUUGCAGAAAACACAUUCUUUGGUCACCCAAGUGUAAUGUCAAUAUUGGAGGCAUAGCAUUGUUUAUUAGUGAGUUUUGAUAGCAACACAUCAGAGUUGUAGUGGGAAGGGAAUAUAUGUUUAAGCUCUUUGGCUUUGGAGGCUUAAUAUUUGUGGUGGAUCCUCCAAUACCUUACAUCAGUGGGAGGAUAUUCCCUCCUGCAGUAUGUCUCCUCAUUAUCAUAGAGAUUCUGGACGAUCAGAACAGAAAAGUUCAUUCUUUUUAGAUAUUGUCAUUUUCCAUUCCCCCAUUAUUGUACUUUCUAUUUUUUUUUAAUAUAUCAGGAAUAUCUCUUUCUUAGAA